AUGUUCCGAUUUAGCUCCUCCUUGAUCGUGGGGCUGCUAGCUGCCUCGCUUCCCUGCUCUAGGGCAUUGGAGGUCGAUUGCGAUGGUUCAUUCAGAAUCACCUCUGAAGAUAUGGCAGAAGCCCUCCGUCACGUCUGUCCCGAAGUCGGAGGCUCCCUUGUUAUCGGUCCAUUCACGGACAAUAAUACGAUACAUCAUCUCAAUUUGGACGGGAUAGUGUCGAUCGGAGAGUCUUUAAUGGAAGAUCGAUAUGCGCGGGAAGGUUAUCCCCCAUAUACCGUGUCAAGCUCAACCUUGAACAAAGCAGGGGGAGUCUCGUUUGGAACUUGGGGCCUGGAUGGCCUGAUGUCUCUCAGUCUUCCCAAUCUCACAUAUGUGGAAGACCGCUUCGCCAUAGGUGAAUAUAACACAAAACUCACCUAUCUAGACAUCACAAAUUUGGAAUCCGUAUCCACCUUGUCGCUCACGCUGCCUAAUGUCACCACUUUUCGUCACAAAGAACUACGCAAUGUGAAAACCAUGUAUCUUACAUCGAUGAAUGUCGACACGCUGGAUAGUUUGUCUGGGAGGCCACUCAAUUUAACCUCUGCCACUUUCAUGGGCGAUUUUCCAAACAUCGACUUUAUUCCUAUUGGGUUCAAAGCCGUCGAUGAUCUCCGGGUCUUCACUAAUUUAUCCGUGACUUUGGGUGGCCCUUCAACGACUGAUAUGAAAAUCGGAAGUUUUACUCUCGGAGGCAAUACAGACAUCAAGUAUAGUGAUGAUUUACAGUCACUCGAGGUUGAUAGUCUGGAGUUGACUUUAGAAGCUUCCAUCGAGCACCUGGAUAUCAGGUUUGAUAAUCUUCGCUCUCUAAAGGUGUCUGAAUACGUCUCGUCUAGCGCUCUCAAAGAUAUCACCCUGCCCCCUAAAGCCGUCAACUGGACAGGGGGCUUUGACCUUAACAUCGGUGCUGCCACGGCUUUGAAUCUGACCUCAAUGUACCGUGAUAAUGAGCAAGGCAAGCGCGUUCAGACCUGGUACUGGCCAACAAAUAUCUCCUCGAUCUACAUUGGCCCAGCUAAUGUAGGAAACCCAUUCUUACAAAGCGAUACUUUUGUCGCUCAACAAAAGGCCCCAUUGGACAGUACACCUCCUCCAUCGGUGUUAAAGACAUUCACGGUCGUUCCAACAGCAAAUACCACGAACUUUACUUGCGUGCCCUUCCUCGAGCUCAUGGAUAUGGGUCGUUUGCCCAACAAUCGGGCGUGGGAUUUUUGUCAGAACUCCACAGACGUCAACGGUGCUAUUUCUCUUCAUAUGCCAAGCCUACCCAUUUUUGUCGGAGCAGUGUUUGGGGCAACCAUGUGGAUGCUGUGA